AUGCUAGCUCCACCCAGCUCGAAUGGCUCGAUUAUGGAUAGGACACGCAUCGACGAACUAGCCAGGCAAACUAGUGCUAAUACUGUGUUAGAUGAUGUUGUAAAGGAUAUGCUUUGCGACUACACUGAUGAAUUUGUGAACGAGCUCGUAAGUCAUGUCUGUAAGCUGGUCAAACAUCGCGGCAAUCAUCGAAUCGAGGCUAGAGACGUGGAAUUUGUGCUCGAUAUGGUGUACAAGAUGCCGUCAGCUCCGCGUGCUUCUGUCCAUGUAUUCGGUGCUCCGGCACCGAUACGCCCAGACCGUAUCACUCCUCAACCCACCGAGGCACACAAACAGCGCAUGUUACUGAUUAAGAAAGUGGUAAAGAAGCCUUGA